GAGCAGCAUCCACUCAUUCACCGUUGACUAACCGACAGUAAGAAAAUGUCUGGCCGCGGAAAAGGAGGCAAAGGACUCGGUAAAGGAGGCGCCAAGCGUCACCGUAAAGUUCUCCGUGAUAACAUCCAGGGAAUCACCAAACCCGCCAUCCGCCGUCUGGCUCGCCGUGGCGGUGUGAAGCGUAUCUCCGGUCUGAUCUACGAGGAGACCCGCGGUGUGCUCAAGGUGUUCCUGGAGAACGUGAUCCGUGAUGCCGUCACCUACACCGAGCACGCCAAGAGGAAGACCGUCACCGCCAUGGACGUGGUGUACGCUCUGAAGAGGCAGGGCCGCACCCUGUACGGCUUCGGGGGUUAAAGCUCAUCCAGACCCGCUGAUAACGAACCAAAGGCUCUUUUAAGAGCCACACACUCUAUCUGCAGAGCUCAGUCCUCACAGAUAUAGAACCUCUAUGGACGUGGUCCUAGGAUCAGGGUUUACUACUUUAUACAAACUACCAGCAGUUAAUAAUUCAUCUUUUCCUUUUGAACUAAUAAACCACUCAGAAUAAAUACAA